GGACGUGUGUCGCCGGCGUCAGAAGAAAAUCGUCGCGUAUUUUGCUCCAACGCAAACAAAAAUCAAAGUGAAUCGAGUGUGUGUGGGUGUGUGUUUUAGUGUUUUGUGUUUGUCGAAAUGAUUUUAGUGUCGAAAAAGCCACGAAUUCGGCAAGUGAAACCUUCGAAAUGGCAUACGGUGCAUCGAAACGUGCUCAACACUUGCCGCCUAACGGGCCGCCGACGCUGCGGCAGACGUUCAGUCAGUUGUUAUCAUUUCUUCAGGCACAGUCGCGGGUUCCUUUGGUUCAUACUCUGCAAUUUGUUGCUCACACCAAAUAACAGUGACGCCCAACUGCUGAUUAAUGUGCAGAAUCAGGGCGGUGAAGUGAUACAGGAGAGCAUUACGUCCAAUAUUGGCGAGGAUUUGAUUACCCUGGAGUUUCAGAAGACAGACGGCACUCUCAUCACGCAGCUCAUCGACUUUCGUAAUGAGGUUCAAAUCCUCAAGGCUUUGGUGCUGGGCGAGGAGGAGCGCGGUCAGAGCCAGUAUCAGGUGAUGUGCUUUGCCACCAAAUUCAACAAAGGCGACUUCAUCUCCUCAGAUGCCAUGGCCAAGCUGCGUCAGAAAAAUCCACACACAAUACGCACGCCCGAGGAGGACAAAGGUCGCGAGACCUACACGAUGAGCAGUUGGGUCCAGCUGAAUCGCUCGCUGCCCAUCACACGGCACCUGCAAACGCUGUGCGCCGAGGCCACCGAUGCCACCUAUGUGCGAGAUGUGGACCUGAAAGCGUGGGCGGAACUGCCAGGCUCCUCGAUUUCGAGCCUGGAGGCAGCAACCGAAAAAUUCCCGGACGCCCUCUCCACGCGCUGCAACGAGGUGAGCAGCCUGUGGGCGCCCUGCCUCUGUACGCUGGAGACCUGCAUCGGCUGGUAUCCGUGCGGGCUGAAGUACUGCAAGGGCAAGAGUCUGGGCAGCGACACAUCCGGCGCCCAGGCGCAACAGCAGCAGCAGCAAACGAAUUAUCGUUGCGGCAUCAAGACCUGCCGCAAGUGCACACAGUUCACCUAUUAUGUGCGACAGAAACAGCAGUGCCUGUGGGAUGAAUGACGACGCGGCGAGCUGCAGAUGCAGAUGCAGAUGCGCUGCGCCAAGCAGGCUGCGACAACGGCAGCGGCAUGCGAUGCGGCGGCAACAGAAACAACAGCAAAGACAAUAACAACAACAAGAGCUAAAGCAACAGCUACAGCAACAGCAACAGCAACAACGAGCAGAGUGACAACGACCAACAAAUUACGCCAACUGCUUUUGUUGGUGCAGCAGCAGAUGCCUUUUGCACUGUGGAGCUUUCCGGUCCAUCACAUUUCCCAUCAUCCACAUACACAUGGGCAUCAACAGGAGCCGCUGUCAUCUCAUCAUCCAUCCACAAUGGCCGCCACCGUGGCGUGAUAAUGCGCCAGCAACUCGGAGACGGAUAUCCAUUAAACACAAAUUCCCCAACUUCCCAAGAAACUCAUCCCAUUUGACACUUAGCACUCCUCUGUUGUUUUCUACUCAUGUAUGGACUGUAUAUAUGUAACUAUAUGAUUAGAAAUAUUGCCAAGCUACACUUACGCUUAACGCCGCGCUUAGGUUAGACAAGAAACAUUUAUAAUGAUACGCAGGACAAAACUUUGGCUGAGCUACAAGAGACACAAAAAAAGAAAACAAAAUAAUAAGCAUCAUUUCAUUCUCUUAUUGGCAAAUUUCCAUUGAAAUUUUUUAUUCAAUCUCUGCGCUCGAUUAUUAUGUUUAUAUAUUUUAUAUUAUAAUUUAUUUAAGCUAAUCUUUUCUUAGACAUUUCCCAAAACAAAUUCUUGGCCU